AAAUUAUGUGAAUAUCUCCUGGAAAAUAUUAACAACAUGAGUCAGCAAAAGUUUAGUCGUUGUUUAUAAGAAGACAACAAAAAGACGAUCAGCAAGUUUUAUUGAUUGAUAACAAACAAUUUUUAGAAAUAAUUGUUUAAUAGAUACAAACGGAUAGACACAAUCGUAGGGAAGAUAAAAACUGAACAGUGGUUUUCUUUAUGACAACUCAACGUUUUUAAUAUGCAUCAUGCAUGUAUUUAAAGAUACACCAUUUUAAUGCGAAUACUCGACUUUUCGCUUCACAACCAUGGUAGUAAACGCAAUAAAAUGCAUCGUACUUGGUGAUUUAUAUGUUGGAAGAUUUUCCUUUCUUGUGACAUGUGCAGCAACAGAAUAUUCAAUUGGAUAUAUUCCUACUGUCUCUGAUAAGUAUACAAUCGAUGUGUUGCUGGAGCUGAGUGGACAAACAGCUACCAUAAAUGUGAUGGAACCUCUUAGAGGAACUGGCACGGAAGAGCACGAUAGAAAAAAGCGUAUGUGUUACCCUAACACAGAUGUGUUUUUGAUAUGUUUCUCGUUAUCAAAUCGAGAAUCCUAUGAACACGUGCGUACAAAAUGGCAUCCAGAAGUUAAAUUGCAUCGUCCUACUGCAGCUAUCAUUUUAGUUGGUACAAAACUUGAUAAAGAGUACUUAAUCAGGGAUCAGCUUUUUACAACAGAAGAUGGAUUACAAUUAGCAAAAGAAAUAGGAGCUGUGAAAUAUUUAGAAUGUUUAUCUCAAACGCAAGGAUGCGUGAAAGAAGUAUUUAAAGAAGUAGCAAGAGCCUGGUAUAAAGAGACAGCUAAGAAAAAGAAGCAGUGUAUAUUGUUAUAAGCAUCUGCUAUUCAAUAUCGAAUUUGAUCCUUCCUUAACUUUACUAGUUCCGUUCUCCAUUGACAAUACUAGCCAUAGGAGUGGUUGUCAAAAUUUAAACAAUGCGAAAAUAAUAAACAGAAUAAACAUUCUUUCUAUGCCCAAAACACGGUUUCUGUUGCCCAUUAUCAUCAUUUGCAGCGUUCUUUGUUUGUAAAUAACACCGUUUUUCUAAUUUUGUAACUUUUGACCUAAAAUUUUGUAAAUUUUGACCUAAAACAAUAUAAUACAAUGUGAAGGUUAUACAAAA